GAAUUCUGUUAUUAUCUGAGGACUGAAAAUGAAGAGCAACUUCGGUAUAUUUUUGGCGCUACUUGUGCUGCUGGCGAUCAGCUGUGCAAAUGCCCAAGGUGGUGGCGGCGGCGGUGCUGGUGGUGAGGCCGGCGCCGGGGCGAGCGCUGGCAUGAGCAUAGGCGCGGGUGCGAAAGGCGGCGCAGGCGGUGGUGCCGAUGGCGAAGGUGGCGCUGGUUUCGGUGCGGGUUUCAGUUUCGGUGCUGGUGCCGGCGGUAAGGGUGGCGCCGGUGCAGGUGGGCGCUAACCACGGAAACUUACACCUGGAAAUGCUGAUUGUAGAUAAACGCAAAUGUAAAUAAAUGU